GAAAAUAAAAGGAAGAAAAAAAUGCCACAUGUCUGUUUUGAGUUUCUGUUUCGUGGCACUGCUAAAAUAAAAUCACGGUCUCCGCUUCUUUUCUUCUCUAACCAAUGCAUAUGUAAAUCCAUCGGUGCCGUCGCCUCGUCGUGAUGCGUCUCAGUGCCCUUCUAAAUCUCUCACUAGCAGGGUCAAGAUUCUAGCGCUGGAUUGAUUGCGUCUCGCUUCGCAUCGGCCAAGCCUGGAACUUGCGCUAAAGCUACGCCCUGACACCGCUAAAAACGCCCCCUAGAUUCACCAAUCGCUGCGUCUAAGCGCGACCAGAGAGGCCUGCGCAGCGGCCCAUGUUCCAAAUAACGGGGAGAGACACAGCGAGAGUGGGCGCAACGUCCAACUUCUCCUUUCCUCAAAAUGCACAUUCGUCCGCAGCGACGCAGGCGGCCCAUUCCCUGCAGCAGCCUCCACAACCACUACCGCCGCCGCCAGCCGGUUCCACAGGAAGCAAAUCACGACCCAACAGCGGCCCAAACGAAUCCUCGGGACAGGCCGACCAGCAACAGCAGCAGCCAGAGCCGCAGCACAAGCUCACCAAGGACCGCAGGCCUUCCUUCUCCCUCUCCCGCAGACCCUCCUUCGCGAGGCUACGGCGCGGCUCGACCUCGAAUGGGUCCGGCGGCGACGGCGCUGGAGGAGGCCGCAGCGGCUUCUUCGUCGUAACCGACCACUCGACGCCCCCGAACCUCCCCGACAACGCCGCCCUCGCCGCGCACACGGCCCAGCGCGACACCGGCCCGUCCUCUCCCCUCUCGGCCGACUCCUUCUCUAAGAUGCUCGCGCGCACCGCGCCAUCCUCGGCCAACGGUUACGCCCCGCCCCUAACCGGCGCCGCCAUGCAGAGCGAGUCCUCGCUGGCCUACCAGCAUAUCCACGAUAUAGCAAGCAAGAGGAUAUCAACGCUGGACUAUCUACGCAAAGCACAUGAAGGCCGCGUCUUCUGGUUCAACACGCUGCUCUUCGACAAGCCCGACCUCACCAGGCUGCCCUACUUUGACAACCGCAAGCUCGCCCGCCGCGCGACCAACUACCUGCUCCUCGGCCUCUCCCUGCCCGCCGUCAUCGACCUCAACUCGUCGACCCCGCUCGAGUUCCUGCGCAGCCUCAACAUCCUGCUGAGCGAGUUUGAGACCUUCCAGGGCCUGCACUCGGAGAACGGGCCCUCGGCCGCGUCCUCGCUGUCCCGCGCCCGCAUCCCAAACAUGUUCCGCCGCGGCACCCAGGGCGCCAAGACGCGCCGCACCUCGGGCGCCAACGACAUCGGCUUCCCCCUGGAGCCCAGCGAGAGCAACGGCGGGUCUGCCGGUGUCUUUGGGGGCGGCGGCGGCGGAGGCUUCGGCGCGGAGUAUGGCGGAGGCGGCGGCGGCGGCGGCGGCGGCGAGGGGGGCGAAGGCGGCAACACUAGCGUGCUGGCCUUCGCCGCGCACGACACGGACCUGCUGCCCGGCGAGGAGUACGCGCACCUGCUGACGCCGUCGCUGCCCUUCGACCCGGACUUCUUCGAGACGUUCGCGACGCUCUGCGACGUCCUGAUCGACUGCUACACGCGCCUGCUGAGCCUGCUGCCCACCCCGCGCGAGUGCAACCAGUCCGUGGCCGAGCUCUUCACAAAGGCCGACGCUAGGGUCCGCAAGAUCAUCAUCCAGGGCGUCGUCAAGGAGUUUGAGGACUCGAGCCGCAGCGGCGUCAAGAACGAGGUCGCAAACGUCGGCAAGGUCGUCCUGGGAGGCCUGAUGUGACGGGGGGCACUGCCUGGGAGCUGUAUUUGCAUGCGUGAAGGGAUAUGUGUCUGUACAUGUAGGCAUUGCAGGCACGGCCAACCUGACGUUUCUAAACAUAUGUUGGAAGUGGCCUACUCUGGCUUAGUCGCGUAUGGCGUUGAUGAGUGUAGCAUACGCAUUACGGUCGGGUCUAGAGUGUCGGGGAGAGUUUUCAAACCGUAGAAUCCAUAAUGUCAAACCGAAUAUACCACAGUCUAGUUCAUUAUCUCAAGAAUCCGC